GAGUUUUUUAUGCUGCCGCUGCGCCAUCAUCAGCCAGCCGCUCGGAGCAGUGAAUAAUAUCCUGCUGAAAACGCUAUUUACUCGCCGAUCCCUGAUCUUCUGUUAUUCUUUACACCAUCACGGAAAUCUUUGUGAUUGGCUUGUGUACCAUGGAAAACAUAAAAACUGGACUUUAGGCUAUCAUCUGGGAUUCUCUUUUGAACACAAAGCAAUGUGGAGGAAAUAAGGAUCGUGCUGUGCUCUAAAUACAGAUCAUAGAGGAUGGGCUGUGUGCAAUGUAAGGACAAAGAGGCUGCUAAGUUAACAGAGGACCGGGACACCAGCUUGUCUCAGAGCGGAGUAGGUUACCGAUAUGGCGUCGACCCCACGCCGCAGCAUUACCCUACCUUCAGUGGGGUCACUGGGGUCACCGCCAUUCCCAACUAUAACAAUUUCCAUGCCACUGGAGUCACGCAGGGCGUGACAGUCUUCGGAGGAGUCAACACAUCAACACAACAAGGAACGCUCCGCACGCGAGGAGGCACAGGUGUGACUCUAUUUGUUGCUCUCUAUGAUUAUGAGGCUCGUACCGAAGAUGAUCUCAGUUUCAGGAAAGGAGAGAAGUUUCAAAUCAUCAACAGCACUGAGGGUGAUUGGUGGGACGCCCGCUCUCUCACUACAGGAGGAACCGGCUACAUUCCAAGCAAUUACGUCGCCCCUGUGGACUCAAUCCAGGCUGAGGACUGGUAUUUUGGAAAGUUGGGGCGCAAGGAUGCAGAGAGGCAGCUUCUUUCAACAGGGAACCCGCGUGGAACCUACUUGAUCCGUGAGAGCGAAACCACUAAAGGUGCCUUCUCUUUGUCUAUCCGGGACUGGGACGAUGUGAAAGGGGACCAUGUGAAACAUUAUAAAAUCCGUAAACUGGACAGUGGAGGAUAUUACAUCACCACUAGAGCUCAGUUUGAGACCCUUCAACAGCUGGUCCAGCAUUACACGGAGCGGGCAGCAGGGCUUUGCUGUCGCUUGGUCGUCCCUUGCCACAAAGGGAUGCCAAGGCUCACUGACCUAUCUGUCAAAACCAAAGAUGUGUGGGAGAUUCCACGGGAGUCACUACAACUCAUAAAACGCUUGGGCAACGGCCAGUUCGGGGAGGUUUGGAUGGAGAGUGCAGAUGGUUUGUGCUUUAAUUUAACGAGUAUAUGUGUGGACUACACCCCUGAUACGGUGGGACUUAGCCAUGAUUCCUGGGAAAUCGCCCGUGAGUCUCUGACGCUGGACAUGAAGCUGGGGGCCGGGUGUUUUGCUGAUGUUUGGUAUGGCACAUGGAAUGGCAACACUAAAGUGGCUGUGAAGACCCUCAAGCCCGGAACCAUGUCUCCAGAGUCUUUCCUGGAGGAAGCGCAGAUCAUGAAGAAAUUACGACAUGAUAAAUUAGUGCAACUCUAUGCUGUCGUUUCUGAGGAGCCCAUCUACAUUGUCACUGAGUAUAUGGGCAAAGGAAGCCUUCUAGAUUUCCUGAAGGACGGGGAGGGACGGGCCCUGAAGCUGCCCAACCUCGUCGACAUGGCGGCCCAGGUGGCUGGAGGCAUGGCCUACAUCGAGCGGAUGAACUACAUUCACAGAGAUUUGCGCUCUGCUAACAUUCUGGUUGGUGAUAACCUUGUGUGCAAGAUCGCUGACUUUGGCCUGGCCAGACUCAUUGAAGACAAUGAGUACACUGCCCGACAAGGGGCUAAAUUCCCUAUUAAGUGGACAGCUCCUGAGGCAGCUCUGUAUGGGAAGUUCACCAUUAAAUCCGAUGUUUGGUCUUUUGGAAUCCUGCUUACGGAGCUGGUCACUAAAGGCAGAGUUCCAUAUCCAGGGAUGAACAACAGGGAGGUACUAGAACAAGUAGAGCGUGGCUACCGGAUGCCGUGUCCCCAGGACUGUCCAAGCUCUCUACACGAGCUGAUGGUUCAGUGCUGGAAGAAAGACGCAGAAGAGCGGCCCACUUUCGAGUACCUGCAGGCCUUCCUAGAAGAUUACUUCACGGCGACCGAACCUCAAUAUCAGCCCGGAGACAACCUCUAAACCCAGCCUCCUGGAGUCACCCUGGUCUUCUUUUCCCCGGGCCAUCUCAAGUGCCCUCUGCUCCCUCCUGACUUGAGGCAUGUACAGCUUCAUGAGUUCACCCAAGGUCCUGUUACCCCCCUAUGGCCUUGGUCAACUGAAGACUGAACAAUUUUGCACAGACUUUCAUCUUGAGGGGUGUAUACAUGAGCGAGCUGGGGAGGUAAACAGAGGGAAUUAUGGGUAAAGUUGGGAGGCUGAGGACAUGGAAAUGCUUUUGUUCAGGGUUGUGGCCAUAACCAUUAUAAUAAAAUGAAAUGAUGCCUGUAUUCAGUGUAAAUACGAGAUGCUUGUUUAUGGUUUAUUUUUUUGGUUUGUUUUCAUUCAUAUUUUGUUUCAUCCCCGCUCAUCUUUUUGUUUUGCUUUGCAAAGUAGCAAUUAUGGUUGCGUUGAGGAACCCAUUCUUCGUGAAGGAUAAAGCAGACAUUUAUGAAGGGUUUGGGUGCGUGCCAAUGCAUAAAAAGAAUCUCUAUGUCUGCUUGUUAUAUUUGAGAUUUAAGAAUGUAUGUGUUUUAUUCGUCCUCUCCUCUGCUGAUGAGAUCAUGUUCCAGAUGGAAAAAUAAAGACCCAGAGUGUCUUUCUUA